AUGCUGAACUGUCAUGGUUCGAGUUUUGCUUGGGUGCCAACGAGACCCGGUGAUGCGAGAUCGGAACUGAAGUCCACACCAGCCGGGAUGAGAAUACCUAUUGAGAACACAAGUCUGCAUGAAAUUCAAUGCAAGCGUGAUUUUGGGAAGAAAUGUGAUGAGAAAGAGGCCUGGCUUGCCUCUUCUGCUGCCCCGUGGCCCAGUAGCCUUGGUGGCAUCGGAUUCGAAGCCCGUCGUGGUGGUAUUGAGACGGAGGUUCAAGAGUUGGAUCUGGUCCGAGAGGAGUCUCAACAGGACGGGCCCCACACGGAAGUGAACUACUGGAAACGAAGGAUGGCACGUUUCAACUUCCUCAUAAACCAGCUGAAGCAGCGUAAAGUCACUAGUCUGGUGACAGUGCUCAAGUUGGCCAGAUCCAAGACGCUUGAGGGGGAUAUCAUCUGCUGUGAGGAUGUCCAUCUGAUUAUAGCAGACGAAUGUUUUAGCACAUGGAAAAUGGGCUUCGAAGAAUCGCCCAGCAACUUGACGCUGGAGCACCCUCCAGUUCGUGUGGAAGAGAUUCUCUGUCACCCCGAGCAAUCCCAGUUCACCGUUCGUCCGCAUGUGACCGACAUCGUCGGGACAGCGCAACAUGUUUUAUGGAAAUUGUGUAGAAAACUAACAUCGCAGGCCGGUGUGCCGUGGACCUGCUGGCACAAUUCUACAACCACAGCCUCCGGUGGAACCAACUUACCAAUUCCUAACCCUCGCCUCUUCACACGAACUGGAGGGUACUCCAGCAUUAAGUAA